AGAUUGGUUCGCCGUUGGUUUCCUGCUGCAGUCAGAAGAGCGGCGUCAAGACAGACUGGGAAGCCUGAACACCACCUCAAACACCAUCUUCACUGUACAAUGAAACUGCUGGUAUUAUCUCCCUCUCUCGAUAUCCGCUUCGUCACGGUUAUACUGCUGGUAAGCUUUUGAAUUUCGGCUGUCUAUUUUUAUUUGUAGCGACAAGACCGUGCUAGUGUUAGCAUGCCGCUGGAUAGUUAGCCGCUAGCUAACUGCUGAGACAGGAGACGUGGCUUUUAAAGUGGCUUAGGUGUCCAUUAAGCUUCUGGAAAUGCAGAUGUAAUACAUGUUCACCGUGAGGGCAAUGUAUCUGGUAAACAUUCAAUAAUAUCCACAUCUUAUCAAGUUAUCCAACUGCAUAGUCAACUUAACCGGUAGUGUUUACCAAUGGUACCUGUAGUGAAAUAACUUGUUUUGAGUUAAUAGUAUUCCCUUGUAUUGUUAUGUGAGCGGGGCGUUACUUAGUGAACAUUAUAGUGUCUUUCUAUCACGCUUCUUUGGAAAGUAUUGUGUAGUUUGACUCCUGAUAACUUUGUUAAGUCGAGCUGCAGCGUCCAGUUAGCAUUGUGUGCUAGCAGUGAGUGCAGCCACACAGCCGUGUAUGCGGUCACGGUGAGUGGAAUGUGGCUUCAGCGAAUAUAUUGGUCUGUUUAGUGUGAUUACUUUCACGGGCUGUUAUAAUACAGAUGAUCAAAUUAAAGGUUGGGUUGUCUGGUGGUGUCCCUGGAUUGUGCUCGUUGGUUGGUGAAUUCCUCUGUUGUGGCUCAUUCUCAUUGGCUGAAAACCCGGAACUAGACUCAGCGGAGCGGCUCUGCUGGUAUAAGAACUCGGGCCUGUAAUAAAAACUUUUGACUUCACCCCCCACACUUCCAAUAAGUGCCCUGAGGUUGUUGUGAUGUGUCUCUCGUUGGUUGUACUGUCUGUCUUGUUCAAUAAAAAAAAUAAUAAUAAAAUAAGUGCCCUGAGGACUAGUGUCGUAAAAGGCACGACGAAGGUAUUCUACGUCAAAAUGAUUAACUUAUGAUUCGUUCAACAGAAAUAUCCAGAUAACUUUCCUAAAAGUCACCAAAACUCUAUACAUUUACCAGUCACAGCUUCUUAAACAGGGUUUCUGCUGGGUCUUUAAAAGUCCGAAAACAUUUAAAAUCUAGAAAUUAAAAUUUAAGGCCUUUAAAUGUCUCAAAUUUGAAAGGUCUUAAAAACGUAUGGAUGUUACUUACAAAUAAAGAUUGAUUUGAAGUUAGUUUAAUAUGCUCCGAUUUCCCUUCAUGUCUUUUGUACUUUUUGCCUGUAUGAAUGUAAAAUGGACAUUAAAUUGUAUUUAUUGUGGUCUUUUAAAUGUCUUAAUUUGGACUUGUUGAAACCAUAGACUGUAUAAAGAAUGGACAGUCUGCCUCCUCGCUGGGUGAAGCCACUUCGAGAACAGCACCCUCUGUUGAUGGGCUGCAGUAUAGGUCAUAAAUCCCGCCUCCUCCAGCAAAGCUUAUGGGGCUGUGGACCAACUUUAGUAAUUUAUUACACAGAACAUAAAUUUUUCUCCCCCCUGCUUGUGAUGUUGACAUGUAGUUAUUGUAAGACUGGUUUGUGCUCAAGUCCUCUUUUUUCUGUGAAGCCCCGUUUUUAAAAGUUAUUAGGGGGUUCAUGUUUUCUAUGAUUGACACUUGAUACAGCCUAUGGGCGUACAGGGAUUGCGUAGCUCUCCCGGGGGAUACGCUGUUUGAGCCGACCGUCAUCACAGCAACUCACGGCUGCGCGGCCGAAUGCGCACAUCGCUCCUGCGCAGCUCUGGUUUCAGGAAAUGAAGAAAAAUCCUGGAAAUACCAAGAGCUAUUUGGCUUCAAAUCCGUAUACAGGCGGUAGGCGGAACCAAGUUGUCCAUAGUAUAUACAGUCUAUGGUUGAAACCUGCAGAUUAGGGCCCGAUCAAUUUAUCGGCGAGCCAAUUAAAUCUGCCAAUUUUAGCCCGUUUGAGAAUAAUCGGUAAUCAGCCAAAACUCACUGAUAUUUUCAGAAAUAAAAUGCGGACAACAAGAUUCGGUUUCACUUCAAAAAUGUUCCACCAUUUAAUAUGCAAGUAAUAUGCAAGCUAAAGUUAGAGUUAGCCACCUGCUUUUAGCCUUGCUACACUGUUAGCCGUGCCAGUAACGGUAGAAUAAACAACAGUACACAUUACGUGAUCGAGCUACUUCUCUUACUGAGGCAGCUGAAUGUCUGCAGAUGAGACCGGACCGGAAAUGAGAGUAACGUGAGUUAAGACGCGGAGGCAUUAAUCGGCGCGCGCGGGGGAUUUAAAAAAUCGGCUGAUUAAUCGGUAACCAGAUUUUUUUUUCCCCCCUUAUAAUCGGCAUCGGCCCCAAAAAAUCCAUAUGGUCAGGCCCUACUGCAGAUACCCUGUUAAAGUCAGAUCCAGACAUGAUAGCCAAUGUGAGCCUUAGACAGGUAUUUUACUUUAAUAAGACUAUUUUAAGAAUCCAGGCCAAACUUGUGAUGUUAUGCAAAGAGCCUCAUUCAUGAAACACUUAUCUGCUGUAUACUUUGUUGCUUAUUUUUUUAUCCCUAACUUUCUGGAUCAGAUUUGGGGUCCAAAUUUGUGAAUCAGGUCAAGCCUUUCAAAGCUAUCAGAAGGACAAUAAAAGCUUUAUAAUGGGCGUAGCACCGUUUCUUUUAAUAACACCAAACUAAGGGUUGGGCAGUGGCACUGACUGAUGGUGCACAAAAGUUCAGUUCCAUAUUUGGGUUACCCAAGCCUCAGUACCACAUGAGGUAGCGUAAGCUCUCACCAUUACACUGUUCAACACUGAAGUUGAAAUUUUCUUACAACCCUUUAUUUAUAACUUGUGUGUUUAACUUGCUGGAAGAAUUGCACGGUGUCUCCUGUUUGAAUAAGAUCUUGAGUAAACACACAUCACAGCAGAUGGAUUGGAUGAGUGUUCAGGCACCGUUUUAAAGCAGUUCACUGUCAUGGGACUACUUACUACAGUGCCUACGCCAAACAAGGGCAGUAGACGUCAUUGAGACGUGUUAAAUGUGGGGCUACAUUGGCAGUAGAGAUGUUUUUGUGUCGCAGAAUAAAUAUAUUGAAGAAGUCUUGUCUAGUUUUGACAUCAACAUUGUAUAUCAGGCCCAUGAAAUACAAUUAUGGUUCAUUUAAGGACUCUGUCUAAGGUGCAACUUGAAAUUGCUUUGGUAUCUUCAUCUUUUAUCUUUGGUAUUUAUUACUACAUCAACCACAACUCCAGCCAAUGACUUGAGCAUGUAAGUGGUCACAGACAAUGUCGUAAAAAAGGAGGGUACUGAUGAAAAUCUGUACAGCAUGGUGUGCACAACCACAUGAUUUGAAUGUAGGAGUCUGAAAGAAUAUAUGCAAAUAUGGCACAUGCAAAACAGUAUAGUAGAGCAAACAUCAGGCAUAACUGUAACUUGCUUUCUAUUAUUUGUUUGAGAGCUGAAUAAACCCAAGAUGGGUCCUAAAGGUGCACCAAGACAGAGUAGAGGUAACAUUGUUUGCUGUACAAUAUAUUUAGCCCAGUGCCAGGAACAGCUCACUGGUGAAAUAGCCAGAAGCAGAUCCACUGGGUACAUUUCAUUUUCAGUUUCACAUGUACACAUGGUUGGUCACAGGAGUUGCAGAAAAUUGCUGGUUCAAAGAGACACAGAGGGUGCUCAACUGCUUAACCACUUCCUGUUGCAAAAUAAUAAUAGAACAAUAAUUUCAUGCUAUAUGUCCUAAAAAUACCCUUAAGUGAUCCAGUAACUCCCCUCAUCGUGGCGGUAACUGAAGAAUCUUUGCUCCCCUCCCACAGAAGGUUGCCUGAACCAGCACUUGUGUGUUUAUAUGUUGCUCAGCAGUCUCUUUCCUGUGUGUUUGCAGGCGAUGGGCCUCUCUACUCCAGGAAAAACGGAAAUCACCAGUCUGGACUCAAACAACAUUGAUGAGAUCCUAAGUAAGGCAUCACUCUUCAAAAGUAUCUUAAAGCUGUACUUGGAGCUUUUAAGGAACACAAUCAUUUUCCUGCUGGGAGUUGAAAGAAAUGAACUUUGCCACUCUUGAAUCUGUCCUUUAAAAACAAAGCUACAGCCUAUGACUGCAUGGCAAAGUUUUCCCUGGAGACAUCCAGCACAUACAAAUUUUUGUUUUUUGUUUUUCUUUCUCAUCUUUUUUAUGGUACUGACAUAAAUAUUUUACAAGCUGUCCAUAAUAACACUUCAAUUCAGGUCUUUCAUUUCCACUUUUUCACGAUCCAACCCCCAAAUCCCCAAAAAGUUGGACUACUGUGUCAAAUGUCGGUAAAAUUGAAGAAAUUAAUAAUUAUUCAAAAUUAUUAAUGUUGAUCAUAUAUUAAAGAGGGGGAAGUCUAAAAACUAAAUCAUGGUUUAGAAAAAGUUGGGUUACUGGCAUGUUCCUCACUGUGUGGUAUCGGCUGUUUUUUAACAACACUCCGGCUUCUGUGGUUUUUAAAGUGAAAUGUUUCUGCAUUCUUUCCUAAUAUAGGAUUUCAGCUGCUUAACAGUUUGGUGUCUCCUUUGUCCAAAUUUAAGCACCAAAUGUCUUUAAUAUACUCAUAAACUGGCAGCCCGCUUGAUCAUCUGAUGGUUGACAUCGUCUUACUGGAUUACCCAAGGUCUUUCCUGAAAAAGGCAUUGUGGGAAAGGCAGUAAACGAUGUUCCAAACCGAAGAAUUUCAGUUUUAACAGUUGACAGUUUUGCACUAUUUGAGGUUAAUUUUAUGGUUUCAAUGAUUUGCAAACCAGAAAAUCCUGUUUUUGACAUUUUUUACAGCUUUAUUGGACUUGGUGUUUUAUGGACUUUAUUGGACAUAUUUUACAUCGUGUACCUCUACAAAGGAUAUUUGGAGUAGUGCACAUCAUGUAACAGUCAUCAUGUAACAGCACCUUUCUAUCAGCGAGAGGUGGUGAAACAACAAAUAAAUUUAAAACCAAUUUUGAUCGAUAGAAUUUAACAUAGCAGUAGUUUAAGGUUUCAAUUAGUUUUCUGAAUAAUAUUCUCAAAACUGUUGCGGGUCUAACCUGAAAGUUCAUUGCUUGCCUUUCACCAUAUAAACACUCAGUAACAUUUCAUAAAUCAGUGGUCUAAUUUGUGUGUGUAUGACCACGGGUGCAAUAGGUUACAAAAUGUGUCAUUAAAGUGUCCUAUAAAAGCCUUCCUAUUUAGUUUUUUUCUAUAGUGAAUUAGGAGCUUCAACACUGAUAAGUCCAAUUAAUUAAUGCCGGUGGCAGAACAUACAUUUCUGAAAAUAUUCAGUUUUGCAAGAGGCUUAUGUUUAUUCCCUGUUUGUGUGUGUUUCCUUGCAGAUAACGCUGGGGUGGCUUUAGUGAAUUUUUACGCUGACUGGUAAGUCUGAAAUUUCUCAAAGAUUUUGCUCAUCAAGUUGUUGCUGUGUAUGAAUGCGACUUGACUUUGAUUUUUUUUUUUCUGGGCCUGAGUCAUUCUGUUUAUUUAUUUUAAUAGGAUUUAUUUCUAAUUAAAAGCCAAAAAAUAAAACUGUUAGAGUCAGAAAUCCUUGAAGAGCGUUCACAGUUGCAGACAUUCGGUUUGUGCUUUGUUGAUAAAAUCAAUUUGAUGCUUUUGAAAAUUCUGGAGUUUAUUUUGAUCUCACACUCUUUCACCCCGACCCCCGUACAGGUGUAGGUUCAGUCAAAUGCUCCAUCCAAUUUUUGAGGAGGCAUCUAAUGUAGUGAGGGAGGAGUUUCCUGACACCAAACAGGUGGUGUUUGCCCGUGUCGACUGCGACCAACACUGUGAGUGACAAUCACCCAUUUAUUUGUCUUCGGUGUUCUCAAACAUUGAAAUCACCAUCAUUUAUCAGUCAAGUUUUUUUUCUUGUUUACUCUGCAAUUAAAAGAAAAUACUGAGAGAGGUCAUACAGGUCACCAGAGAUACACCUUUGAUUAUUUCAUCAACAAGAAAUUGUCUUUUCUGUCUUUUUUUAUUUAAAAAAAGUGAAACAAAUGAAGGAAGUAAGUUGGUAAUUUGGGAAAUUAAGAGAAAAAUGUUUGCUGGUUGAUAAUUUAGUCAUUGAUGAGUCUUUUGUUGUAGCCUAGAAUAUGGGGCAUAUGUGGUUUAUGGUAACUCUACAUUUUGCGAUGCUCUAACAGCAACAUUCUACAUACUAAACGGAGGAAACACACGCUUGGACUCCCUCUCUAUAUUUGAUGCACAUAUGUACACAUAGAUGCCCAGCACACCAAAGCUCUGACACAUAAACGGCCAGCCUCAGCCUUUUGAGAUAAAGCAAAUUAAAGAGAAUUAUUGAUGACCUGCAAACUGUUUGAAGACUAAUGACAAAACUGCUGCCUCCUGUGAAGAUGGGAGGCUUAGAGACAUCCCGCAGGGAGAUUGACACCUGCCACAUGCACACACUCACACACUCAUUCACUGUGUGCACAGAGAAUAUUUACUCUUGGUGGGGGGCAGCUUUCAUGUGGGAGAUCAGAGCUCAGAGCUGACUAAAGGCAGUGUUUUCAGAGUGAGGUCCAACCGCCUGUCUCUGUCACUGCUCCGAUACUCAGCCCCCCUGUCCCCAUGUGUUUUCACUCCACUUCUUUCUCUUCAUCAAUUGAUUCGUCCUUCUUUACUUAACUUUUUCUCUGUGCAGCCGACAUAGCCCAGAGGUAUCGCAUCACCAAGUAUCCAACGCUGAAGUUGUUCCGCAAUGGGAUGAUGAUGAAGAGGGAAUACAGGGGUCAGAGGUCAGUGGUGGCCAUCGCAGACUUCAUUCGCCAGCAGCAGGUCGACCCUGUCAAAGAGAUACAGUCGUUGGAGGAGGUUCAGACUGUAGAUGUGAGUCGCAGAAACACGUCUUAUCCAUUGUACAGCGUGAUUAUGUCACUGUUGAAUAACACAGCAUCAUUUCUUUUCCUUCCCUUGGUUUCCCUCUUAACAGAGAAGCAAGAGAAACAUCAUAGCUUUCUUCGAAACAAAAGACUCUGAAAACUUCCACACAUAUGAAAAAGUUGCCAACAUCCUCCGCGAUGACUGCACAUUCCAUGCUGCUUUUGGGUGAGACAUGGCACACAAGAAACAUCAUGUGGAUAUGCAGCCUUUAUUUAUCCAUGAGAGUUAGCAUGUUUUGUCAUUUUGAUGGCUUAUAUUUAGAUGAAAGAAGUACAAAGGCAACAUCAAGAGUUGAAGCAAAAAGCAAUGUCAUGCUACUACAGAGCCAUGCGGUUGUAAUGUGUGCAGAAUGUGGUUUAGCGUUGUCUGACUGUAUUAUGCAAGCGCUUUUCUGAAAAAAAGGUACUGCAAGUAUAUGUUCCUCCAAAUUCUGUGUACAAUGUUAAGCAUCAAUGUUGCUAAGCUAUCCAUUCCAUUGGAACUUAAAGGGAUAUUCCGGCAUAAAAUGAAUUUAGGGUCAAACACACCGUAACACCGAGUUAGACACCCCUUCGAGAGAUGAAUGUUGCUGAUGGCUUUCUUCUCUAGUUAUACCAACUUUAGUAACGACCGCAUGAUAGUAAUACACAGCAGACUCAGGAGCAAUACACAAACUUCAACCAAAACGUCACAGAUAAAACUCAGAACAGCACCUAACUGCAUUAACAGUACAUAUAGGGUCCCAGCCACAGCACUAGUCACCACACGUCUUCUUAGCUUUCUCUGAUUUCUUUAGCAAAGAGACUAAACACAACUCACCUACUCUCCUCCAGCAGCUGCUUGUUUGUAGCGAGACCUCAGGCCAGUCCAUUACGGACUGCUGCGGGGUGACACAGCUCAAGGAAGAACAUUUAUUAAACAUUAAAGAACAAUAAAUUUAACAUUUAGUAUCACAUAAGCUGUUACGCUCUCACCUGUUUAGAGUGGAGGGUGCAGCAUCCAUGAUACCUGAAAUGGCUGGACUAUUUUCUCACCCAGUUUCUCAUAGAAUGGUGCCCUGUUUAAUAUUAAUAACUGGUUAAAAUGAUUUCCAAACCUCCUCUAUGUUUUUCAAGUGACAUUUGACACAGCGUCCCAAAUGUUCUGGGAUUGGGGAUGUAUUUUCCCUUACCAUUCAAAAGAGGCUGAUAUUUAUAUGAAACUUUAAAUUCACUCUCUCAGUGCUGUUUCUGAGCCGGAGCGCUUCAGUGGAGACAACGUCAUCUACAAGCCCAUAGGGGAGAACUCCCCGGACAUGAUCUACCUCGGCUCGCUCACAAACUUUGACCUGACCUACGCCUGGGCGCAGGACAAGUGUGUGCCUCUGGUCAGAGAGAUCACCUUUGAAAAUGGAGAGGUUUGUUUCCUGCUCUCUUUCCCUUUCCAAAUUGUUAUCAAAGCUAUUAUUCUUGAUAUUAGAUAUAUGAACCUGUACAUGUAGCUGCAGGGUGCUAAUAGAUGUGAACCUGUAAGAUUAUUAAGUUCUGACUCCUCAUGUCAUUGACUGUGUGUGUGUGUGUUUUCCAGGAGCUGACUGAAGAGGGAAUCCCGUUCCUCAUCUUGUUCCAUGUUAAAGAAGACACAGACAGCCUUGAGCAGUUUCAGCAUGAAGUGGCUCGCCAGCUCAUCAGUGAGAAAGGUGUGUACAUCUGUUUGUGGGUCAUUCGUGAAAGUAAAUUUGAGCCGUUUGUGAGCUCAACAUCAACAUAUAGCCGAUGUGUUAUUAACAGCUUGUCCGCUCUGCAGGGUCUAUCAACUUCCUGCACGCAGACUGCGAUAAGUUCCGCCAUCCUCUGCUACACAUUCAAAAAACUCCUGCUGACUGUCCCGUCAUCGCUAUAGACUCAUUCAGACAUAUGUAUGUCUUCCCCGAAUUCAGAGACCUUUCGUAAGUAAAACCUUUCACUCUUUUUUGUUGAAUGUUUCAAUAGAAUUGAGUACUCUGAAAUUAGAAGAGCAGUAUUAUUGAUGUGGGAGGAUCGAUCAAAAUUUUGAGAGAUUAGUGAAGCAGCAGAUAGUUGUAGUACAGAAAAAGAAAUGGCCAAAAUAAACGAAAACUUCACAAAUGUUGCUGUUAUUAACAAAUGAAUCACCCAAAUGUCAAAUCAGUCUGAUAAAUGCUUUUAAGCAAUUAUUACCUGAUACUGACGUGUCUCUGAAAUUGUUCAUUGUGCCUUUGUAUUAAGUCAAUUUCAUUACAUACGCAACACACACCAUAACCCCCCAUAACCCACUGUGCACUGAACACCAGGGAAAUGUCACACCUCCCAAAAUCUGUCCUUAUGAAUGGGCCAGGACACCGGAGCUAAUGUGACAUGAUUUGGCACGUGCAAUAAGUGCUAAACUAAUCCAGUCUAAUCUAAUUUAAUCUCAUUUAUUCUGCCCCUCCACCACCCUGACUCCCCCAGUCCCCAAUCAGAGUCUGAUCAGAUAGACAGAAGCCCCGAGGACUGACCAGCCCUCCUCAGCCUAAUUACAUCACAUCACCACUGCAUGUGGCACACAGCUUGUAAUUACAUCAGUGCAGUGUACGUUUUAUACAUAUACGUAUGAGUGCGUGUGUUUGCUACUCUGACAAAUGGGGUUAGCUGUGACUGGGGACCAGCUCCGCCUGCGCCGCCCCCCUGACUUGUUGUUAAUGAGCACACUUCACAGGACAGUGCUGAUGUGGAAUAAUGCCGCCUCAGGACACAUCCACGGGCACUUGUGUUUUUCAAGUUCUCCAAGCAUUGUAUCAACUCCGACCUGAUCUGCAGCUCGAGCAGGUCUGUCUUAUGGCUGAACUUUGAGUGCAGGAAUGCCUGAUUCGAACAAACUGUUAAUGUGGCUCAUAUAAGAACCGCUAUUACAAAGACUGCCUUUGAAGUGGCAACUGAUUUAAGAGAACUGAGAGCUGCAGUCGCCGGUUUUUUGGUACUUCUUUUUUGCAUGAAAUUCAUUUCUAGGCUACUGAUACAAAACAGGAACAAACAGACUCAAUUAAAAAGGGGAAAUUCCCUCAAAACAAACAAAGCUGUGCUAUGUUUAUAGACCCGCUUGUUGGACCCUCUUGCGCUGUUAAAUGAGGUGUCUUUUCUAAAACGCAGAUUUCCAACUGCAGGAUAAAACGCCCUGCUGGGUGACUCUCUGGUAACAUUUUUGUGAAUGUGACUCGGCCUCUUAUGACUCAGGAAGGCUGUUGUGGUGAAGCGUUUUAGGGGUCUAGUUUUGUAAAUAUUAAUGUACACCUGCUGAUGAAUCAGGAGCACUGUUACCCCGCUGACUCCCAUCACUUUGGACCAAGUUUGUGCAGUUUAGAGUUUAUUAAAUCAGAUCUCUUCGCAUGAAACGUCCUUAAAGAAUAACAGAUGUAUCAAAAAAAACGAAUCAUAAUAAGUCUCUUUUUUUCUCUCCAGUAUCCCUGGCAAGCUGAGGCAGUUUGUGUUAGACCUUCACUCCGGAAAGCUCCACAGAGAGUUUCACCAUGGUCCUGACCCCACAGACAGCACGCCUGGACAGGUAAGACAGGUUCAGCCGCAAGACCGAAAGUUUGUCGCGUCAUGUGAAACUUGUCUGUUCGGUUCAAGCAUGAAUAUUCCCCUCAGGAGGAGACAGUAGGAGAAGUGGCCAGCAGCCCUCCAGAGAGCUCCUUCCAGAAGCUGGCGCCCAGCGAGACCCGCUACACCAUCCUCACACGGGACCGUGACGAGCUGUGACCCCUUUCGGCCCUCCAGUGAACCUGUGACUCAUUGCCACGCCCCGGGGUCAGGGAAGGGGGUUAGGGUUGGAACAGGCCAGCGGGACAAAACAGCAACACCCACCACCCUUACUGAAGAGAAAGAGAUAUAGAAAUGGAGAAUGAAGAAAAGAAGGAGAAGGAAACGGAGAAGCAGUCCACUACACAACCAUGUUGGAAAAAUCUAUAUUUUCAUAACUCUUUCACUUACAAUUUUUAUUUUGGAUCAAAAGGAAACGGAGUCAAGGAGACAACAUGUGCGGGCAGGGGUUAGAGGCAUUAAGAGUAGUGUUUUUACAUUUAUUUUUUUGGAGCUUGUAAAUAUGUUUGUGCUUCAUGGGAGUCUCAUUGUCAGUCUAAAUUAAAUACAGAGUUUUCUUUAUUUUAUUUCUUUUUUUUCCAUCACCUGGCUUUUUGUAGAAGAAGAAGAAGAACCCAGAACAGUUCCUUCACUCCAGUAGUUUCUUAUUUGUGGGUAGUCCAGCCCGUCUGAUAGAGGAUCAUUUUUUUUAGUCCCACUGACCUCAUGACUGCAUCUCAAUAUGACCAACUCUAGUCUAAAUCAUUUGUAUAGCACAAGUAAUAACGGUAUGCUUGUCUGAAGUAGCUUUACCUCCUGUCCUCUCCACACACUCUGAAGGAAUAGAAAAAAUAUUUUUAAAUAGUAACUGGGAUGACAUGAUUUCGAACAUGAGACAGAAGUGAAGGAGACAGAGCUACUCCACCCUAUAGAGAUGCACCCUCUCCUCCCCUGGUACUAAAUGGUUAUAGAUGAGAUGUCUCUCCCUGUGCUGAUACAAAGUAUUGCCCCCUUUGGACCAUUUUAUGUGUUACUGUUUCACAACACUAAAUCACAGACGAUACUAUUUUGAUUUCCUUCUCAAAGAUGAACAAAAAAUCUCAAUGUGCUUUUACGUAAUAGCACCAUAAUUCCUGUAGGUUUUAGAGGCACCAUGCCGUUUGGAGGCUUCUGAGCUACAUGCACUGAACAGCUAGUGACAGUUCAAGGUUAGAUUUAUCAGAUAAAACACAAAAAUGUAUGAAAAUAAAUCCAUAUAGGUUCAUUUUACCCUGAGAUGACUGCAAAAAUUAGGCCAAAUCUUCAAAUCAAUGGCUUAAAUAAAUUUCCAUGUAAAGGCCUGUUAUCAGUAAGCUUAGUGUUCAGACUUAAGGCAAAUUUUUGAAUUAGUCAGAACUUCACGAGCUUGUAACUUUAGCACAUACUCUUUAAAGGAAUUAGUGUUGUGAUGUGAAAAGUUGUUACAGGCCUAUCAAAGUAGCCUCUUGGCUGUAGCUGCUACCAAAGGUGCCUCUAUUGAGUAUUUUAGGAUGUUUAUACAGUUAAGAAUUGUUCAUUAGUGUUAAAAAAAACAACAUUCUUUUAAAUCUCAUGUCCCGUAAAGAUGUUGGCCUCACAUGCGAGUUAUCUCCACUACUGUAAAACAGUAAAACAUUCAAAGUCAAAGCGGGGUGAAUACCUUUUUAAAGGCACAUUUGCCAUGACACAUCUGAGUUGUUGUCCCAGGAAUCAAAGAGAGAGGAAUUAUGUUUUGAACUAAUGUAUUUAAACAUGGUCAUGAAGUUAAGAAUACCUGUUGUUUUUGCUGUUUACCUCUUGAUAAAUGUGUCACCAUGGUCAGAGGAUUUCAUUCUUUCCAGUGUUUAAAGAAGCCGAAAGACAAGAGGGGAGAAACCCACGUGAUGAAUGCUGGAAACCUAAAAGUCUGCCACUUUAUACAGGUUUUGUUAAAACUGGUGUUGUCUCUUAAUAUGUCUGAGAUUAGGUACUUGUCUGAAUCUCUGAGAUCCACUGGACACAGAGGAAUCUUAAGAGGAAGCCAAAUCAGGAGUGUGGGGGACCCAUUGCAUAGUUUGUACUGUGCAUCCUACCCUUCCAUAGAGGCCGACAGACGCCUGCAUAGUGACAUAUCAGCCCACAUACAGGACAGCAAAAGAAGGGGGGUGCGCGAUGCCAUUUCUAAAACAGUCAUCUCAGAGUGGAGGAAGAGUACAAAAACAAAAAAGUAAAUUAAAAACCAUUUUACAGGAUGUUGUGCUGCCUGUUGUUUGUUUGUUAUGUUUUGUGUUUUCUGUUUCAUUUAUGAAACCAGUGACAAAGGUUGGAAAAAAAACACAUUUAUUCACAACAAGGUAGUCGACACAUGGCUCAUUUACACACGUGGCUUUUUGAAAAGUGGCACUUUGGUGCAGUUUUUGUUUUUGUGCAGUAAUUGCUCUCAUACUUGGCAAAAACAAGUCAAAGCACAAACCGUAUAAAUUAUUGAAAUGUAUAAGCAGAACCUUUUUAUUUACAUUAUUCAGUUCUGUUAUACGCUACUCACAUUUGAAUAUUAGUUUCAGCAGGAAAGCACUAACCGGACUCUUAGCAGUGAUAACGGCAGAAGGGUGGAGCUUGUUAAAACUGAUUAUACUUUGUGAAUUUGUGCUCAAGAUACUUUUUUAAAUAAAAACUGCCCAUAGCCAUUUCAAACUAAGAGCUGUAGUGUUAAUAACUGCAAGACUGUUCAUAAGAUAGAGUCACUAGUGUGCAUAAAAUAGCUUUGUUUUUAAAAGCACAAUCACAUCUAAUGGAGCUUGUGACUCCUGAAUAAGGCUGUUAUUUUGUGUUUAUUUCACAAAACAUCUGAUAAGGAUUGUCUGUAAGGCUUGUGAACAGGAGGUCGACUCUGUGCUUCUGAAUACUCAGUUGGCAGUGGUUUUUCAGCCCUGGAGGUCAGAGGACUGACCGCAGCUUCUGGGUCAUUUGUCUUUGCUUGACUCUGGAUUCUCAGGUGAUUCAGGUGGAGGUGCUGUCAGUUGUUUCAUCUGUAGUUCCACCCUGGCUUUGCGGUGUUUCUGUACUAGGUUUCCUCCUGCAAACCCCAAGGCGCCCCCUCCCAAAGCAGCAGCCACCCCUGCAGCUUUGAACCCAGCCAGCAGGCCAAGAGGACCUCCUAACACGCCGCCCAGCAGCGCCCCGGCAACCGGCAACACUGCCAACUUGUAGCCCACCGCCUGGAGAGACAGGAAGAAGAGAUAUGUUCUAAUUUAACACCCACAUACACACACCUUUGGAAGGCAUUAGUCGAGGCUUUAAGAGAAUCUGUGAGAGAGUUUGGACGCCUCUAUCCUUUCAUGAUCACAAAUCGACUCGGGGAAGGGCGAAAGAGAGAAAAAAAAAAAGACACAAACAAGCCAGUAAAUGAAAAUCAGCCCCUUCCAUUGCUGCAUCAAAGCUUUUUCAUUAUCUGUAUUUAGGAGAAAUCAGAGAGAUGUGGCCUGUGUGUUAUUACGGCUAUCAUCAGAGUGGAAGGUGCUUUUUGCUGAUGACAAUUAAUGAUAUAUACACACACACACGCUUGCACAGGGACACACAUUUGAUUAACACUUCACCAUUAAAUUAAUCUAGUUCAAAAGCUAGCGUUGCUUGUCCCAACCCCUGUGGCAGUCAAGGGAAUUUUAAUUUCAUCUGAGAGGAGUUAAAAGGAGUCUGGGUGCAGGUUGUAGAGGAUGGAGGAAAUGAGUGCGCGUGUGUGUGUGUUUGUGUGUGUGUAAUGCAGUUUGACCUGAUGACAGAUUACAAGCUUUCAAACAAGUUAAAACAUCUGACACCCCUCUCAUCUGCUUUAUUUCCGCGUGCAUCCCCACCACCCUUCCCCUACCCAGACGGAGCAGUCAACCUUUGUUGUGUCGCGGUUUGGGUAAAUUCAAUUUCAUUUAACAGUUUUGUUUAUUUUUUCUUUUCUAAAUGAGUUGAUUUUAUUUAAAAAAUGUUAAGACUUCUAUUUAAAACUUUGAAGAGUCAGUCAGUGAGGUUACACUGCAAAAAGAAACUGUGUGUGUGUGUGUGUCUGCUCACAAAGACAGUCUUGGUUUGAUCUCAACAUGUUCCAAAAUCUUAGGAGGUGAAUCCUGAUCAAAAUAAACGCCAGCUCUUCAGUAGAUGACAAACCAAACGUACCCCAACAACAGAUUCUCUUUCAACAGACUUUUCUGUCAGCGCUUCUGUUUACACUCGAGCCACAUUUUAAUAAAGAAAUAAUCUACGUGACACACGUCCUUAAACUGUGCGGAUUAUCCAGACUGACAUACACGCAUUUUUCAAUCAGCAAAAAGUCUUUAUUCCGAUGCUUUUGAGCACCACAAAAUGAAUUUAGUUCGCCUUAUUAAUCAUUAAGUGGUGGCAGAAAUCCCAUUUGCUGGGACAAAUCCUCAUCUGCAUGGCUCAGUAUUAGACAUGUCUGAAAGAAUGUUUUUCUUUUUGACUUAAAUGAACAGACAGCCUCAGAUAAUUGUUGAAAAAGCCCUGAAGAAAUGAGUUUUUCGUUUCUAGGUUAUCUUCUGUCCUGUGUGAGCUAUGAAAAGGUUCACUUCAGCACACAAAAAAUCACAACUGUGUCAUCGCCAUCGCCUCUGAGAGAGAGUGUCAUUACAGUGGAAAGGCUUCACACCUCCAUUAUGUGCCUAAAAGUGUAAGAUCAAAAAAAAAAGGGUUCUUCAUCUGAUGAGCGCCGUUUAUCUUCCACUUUAAACAAAAAAAAAAACGCAGGUAAAGUGAGUAAAAUCUUGUAUUUUUUGAAAACUUUGCACUUGUGUGUGUUUGUGUAGUUGACGUAGGAGCACAGGUGAUUCAUACCAAGUAUUAGGGACAAAAAGUUCAACACUCCAAGUGCGUAAUAUGUGUGAAGGGCGCUGAGUUGUCCGUCUGAGUUACACUUGGUGUGUGAGAGUGUAUUGAAUUGAUAAUGGAAGUCCGGAUGCUGCUCUUGAAAAACUAUUAAACAGUCAUUCAAACCGCUUCUUAAUAGAACACACACAGGGACACACACACUUACACACUCUCACUUGUCACCUCUCUAUCACUCUUCCUCCCCUCCUCUCCUCUCUCUAUUUCCUUAAUUGCAUCUUUCCUCCGUAUUCGUGUGGAUCAAUAGGGACAAACGCUGUGGAAUGGCUGGGAGGCAAAGUGCCAUCGAUCUCCCCAUCUCCCAAACACUACCACACACACACACGCACACACAAGAUCAUCAUGGCACACACAGACAUACACACACACACACAUAUAUACACACCUUCCCCAGGCUCUUGGUCCCCUCCUCCACGUUGGCAGCGGCUGUGUUGACGUUGUCCUCUAUGCUGUCAAUCUUCUCCUGCUGGGACUGAUGCACAGAGGUUACACACACAAUAACACACACACGAGCCAGCACAUUCACCUCAGUUUACACACAUGCAAUACACACACACACACAUAUGACAGAGCAGCCACCUGUCAUACAGUACGUUUCUAUGUGUCUAAAUUCUGCUCCAUGGCACACGUUAACACAGGAAGUGUGUGUGUGUGUGUGUGUGUGUGAGUGUGUGUGUGUGUGAGUGAGUGUGUGUGUGGCAUUGUGUAAAUCUCAUGAAAUAUUUAGAGAGGCAGCUGUCUCUCUCCAUGUGAGAGCUGGAUGGACACAGUGGCCAAACAACAAGCAGGGCACUGUUCCCUUCCUACUCUUCCUCAUCUCUCCUAUGUGACUCCUCUCCCUCUGUUCAUCUCCUCAAUCUGAGCUCAAAAGUUAAACAAUUGACAAACAUUAUAGAUCACAUUUCUUGCAGAAGUCUUUUGUGUUUAAGUUUUGGACAGAUCUGUCUAGGACCGUAGCAUGACAGCCACACUGUUUCAGACACAUUUGGUGGAUUACAUUGUAAGAAAGUAGAAAAAAAGGCGCAUUAUAAUUUUCUACAACCAAAAAUUGGAAUUUGACUGUUUGGAUUUUAUUCUUCCAACUGUCCCAGUUUCAUAGAUUUAUAAUGUACAAUUCAAUGACAAAAAUGAGGAAAGACUUUUUGAGUAUUAGAGAUGCUAAAACGAUCGAAUUUAUCAGCUCUUGCAGCCAUAGAAAUAAAAAAAGUAUAAAGUUCCCCAAAAACAGUCACAAAGAAUUUUUCAAAAUGAUGGUUUUUAAAAGGAAAAAUAAAAAGCCUUUUUUAAUUUAUGAAUUUGUGCAUCUUACCAAAAAAGUUCUUUCUUCACUUAAGUAAGAACACUUGAGUUCGGAGAAAAAUGGUAUUAGUUGUUUUAGUGGUUCAACUGCAUGCCCUCUGCACAUAGUUGAGUACAAAGGUCAUAGGUUAAAAGGUCAUAGGUUCAACUCCUGGACUUGACCUCUUGUAGCAUACAUUCCCCGACUCUCCUCUCCCCUCAUUCCCUGUCUCUUUCCAGCUGGCCAGUCUAAUAAAGGCAAAAAUAGCCCCCUAAGUAAUGUGAUCCACUCAUUUUGCCUUCGAUUCUCAUUUUUUCUAUAAAACUAAAACAGCCAAAAUCUGGAGAAAUUAAGUAAAUUUUAAUUUAAUGUUUUUUUUCCUUGUGUCUACUCAAACUUGAGUCUGUAACUUCAGAUAUAACAUGUAUAAUAACACUCUGCCAACCCGUGCACAUGUCUACUGUUCAUUACGCUGCUCUUCUUAUACUUGUUGUAGUUUUCUGUUUUCUGUUUUCUACACUGUUCCUUCCUAAUUACGCUCAUAGUACUAAGACAUGAUAAGAUAGAAAACCUUCAGAUGAAAACACUGACAUCGGAGCAGACACAAACAUGACGCAUGUACAGAAAAAGACACGACCACACACUCCCUCGGUGUUUCCACUGUGGCUGAGCGCUGGAAUAUUUCUCCCCUAACGGUGUUUUUCACCCUCGAGACGACGAAACAACAUGUCAAUGCUCUUUCUAACCAUGCUUUCAUGGCUACUACAUCUUCACUCACUCUUUCUUUUCUCUGUUACUCUCUCCUUGCUCCUCUCUCUCCAUCCCUCAGGACAGAGUGAUAAUCUACACCGUCUGUUCUCCACCUGCUCCUGCGAUGUGUUCCUGGUUCCUUGCCUCUCCACCCUGUGGACAAUCUUCCACCCUCCCCCUAAAUCCUUCCUCUCAUCCUUGUGUCCUCCUCAAUCUCUCCCUCUUGCCUUAGUGAGGGCCCCAGCAGCACUGAGCUGAUCUGCGUAACCUCCUCUCACAGCAGCUUCACCAGGCAACACGAGCACACAUGGUCAAAUGCACACACACACCACUUCCUGGAAAUGUUAUAUAGAUGAAGAGUCCCUGUUACAUUGUUCUUGGCUCACUGGGGUAGCUGUGCACACAUGUAUGAGAGGGAAAUGGAUAUAGUGUAGAAAUGUAAAUGUAGCAGCUAGGCAGCUCACAGAGGAGUCAAGAGUGAACACUCACAUGGACAAGCAGAGAGAACUCGGUCACUAAACCACUCAGCUCCUUCAGAUCCUACAAGAGAAAAAAUUACCUUGUUAUUACAUCAUACCGAUCACAUUCAUUCUCAUUUUCAUUUAUGCAUUUUGAAUGGCCUUGUGUAACAGUAGCGCGGCAUGAAGUCAGGAUUUCAGCAGAAACAAAAGAGGUCAGCUGCAUUACAUCAUCUUACACUUGCUAUAAAUCAUGUGUACAAUCAUGGAAACAUAAAUCACAGAUCAAAGAUUGAAACUAAUUUGAUUUGGUGUGUGAAUAUCACAUUAUAUAGGGAUCAAUUAAAUUGAUCAAACUUUAAAAAAGCACACUUUGACUGUAUCGCAUUUUGCUUCUUUAGCCUCAGGUCCUGGUUGUCCAUUCUGGCUAGAAUAAGACCAUUAUUGAUAAAUUAGUGACCAGCUCUUUCCAUCAAUAUCUGAUUUUUGGUCUGCAGCAAAACUUUCCACACAUUCCGCAAAAACAAAACAAGAAAUAUGCUGUUUGUUUACAUUAUCCAGUGCUGUGGUCUCCAUAUGAAAGUAUUAAAAAUAUGCACACUGGCUGUAUCCCAUAUCUGUAGUGUA